AUGUUCUGGGUUUCUUUUGUUCCAACUCAGUGGGCAAAAAGAAGAGACACACAUGCCUCAUUUCAUUUCCCCUCCAUAGUUCCUUUUCAAUGCAGCUUGAUGGGAAUAUCUACCGUAUAUCUAUAUCAAUAUCCAUACAAAGAUAUCUACCGUAUAUCUAUAUCAAUAUCCAUACAAAGAUAUCUACAGUACAUCUAUAUCAAUAUCCAUACAAAGAUAUCUACAGUACAAAUCAAUAUCCAUACAAAUCUAUCUACCGAUAUCUAUAUCAAUAUCCAUACAAAGAUAUCUACCGUAUAUCUAUAUCAAUAUCCAUACAAAGAUAUCUACCGUAUAUCUAUAUCAAUAUCCAUACAAAGAUAUCUACAGUACAUCUAUAUCAAUAUCCAUACAAAGAUAUCUACCGUAUAUCUAUAUCAAUAUCCAUACAAAGAUAUCUACCGUAUAUCUAUAUCAAUAUCCAUACAAAGAUAUCUACCGUAUAUCUAUAUCAAUAUCCAUACAAAGAUAUCUACAGUACAUCUAUAUCUAUAUCCAUACAAAGAUAUCUACAGUACAUCUAUAUCUAUAUCCAUACAAAGAUAUCUACAGUAUAUCUAUAUCAAUAUCCAUAUAAAGAUAUCUACAGUAUAUCUAUAUCAAUAUCCAUAUGAAGAUAUCUAUCGUAUAUAA